AUGGACGGUCAGUCCGUCGAGUACGCAAACGAGAGCAAUGCGGCCAGAAUCGUCGGCGUUGUCGGCGCCUUUCACUUUCUAGCGUUCUCUUUCGUCUCUUUGCGUAUCUACGCCCGAGUUGUCGUUCUCAGGGCAUUUGGUCUAGAUGAUGCCCUCAUUGUCGUCGCUGCUGUUCGAACCAAGCUUCUAGCACUGGCAUCGUGGAUCUGCCUAGUCCUCCAGAUACCACACGGCCUCGGCCGUCAUGCGACAACGAUAGCGGUUGACGAACGAAUAAAAUUCGAGCAAAUCACCUUCUGGAAGACAGUGAUCUCGGAUGGAGUGGCUAUGGGAUUGUUGAGAAUUUCCAUGGCAUACACCUUGCUCCGACUGAAGAGAGACCUCAACUGGUACAAGUGGUCGUUGUACGCCGUGAUGGUCUGGCUGUUUGUUUACUGCACCCCUUACUCGGGAUGGUGGGAAUUCCAAUGGAUGAAUCCAUUUGAUCCAAGAUGCCACGACUUCAAUGUCUUCCUCAACCUCACAUACUGGAACAUAUCGUGCAAUAUUUUCACCGACGUCUGCCUGGGAGCUCUGCCCAUUCCGAUCAUCUGGAGCCUGAAGAUGAAACUUCGAGUCAGGAUAUACGUGAUAGCAAUCCUCAACUUAGGAUAUUUCGCUGUAUUGAUGGGAAUCCUCAAAGCCGUGUUUAUGCUUACAACCGGCGGCGCCCCUGACGCUAUCUUUGACUAUUGGUUCUCUGCGGCUAACCACAAGGGCCUGCGCAGUCUCCAACUCAAUAUCGGCAUCAUAGCAGCAUGCGCUUCCUUCCUCAAACCUCUCGUCGGUCGCUACUUGAAGAUCAACAGCUCUGCUGGCUACUAUCCCAGCUACGAGAGAUACAACCACAGCGGUCGAACACCACUGGGCGCCGAGACGGGUGGUAGUAAAGCCCAAGUCAAUAGCAAAAGGCGAACUGUGAUUCACGAAGGAAACCUGCAGGACGAAUACGAGCUACAGAAGAAGGGUGCAAUACAUAUCAGAGAGCAACAGAUGUCACCGACCACAACCGAGAUUCAUGCCGGGCGCUAUAUGGGGAACUUUGGGGACCCAAUGACAUCUGUUUACCCCCCGGCCGUACCCUCGGAUACAAACAGUGAAGAGUUGAUUUUGCAGAAGACGGAGCCAGCGCAGGGAAUUGUCUGCACGAGGAAUUUUACUCCGAACGGAAUGGCUCUCCAGCGGCCGAACAUUGAUGAAGAUCAGUCUGGUCGUGCUGGCAAAACUACCGAAGACUCAGAAAAGAACGCAUUGGCAACCGAAAUCUAG